UGCUGCCGCUUGUCAGAGCGGAGAGAGGAGCGGCGACCGCGGGUUUUUGAACGGAGACCAGCGUACGAAUCGUCGAAACAUGGAUAUGCUGUGCUGAGGGCAUUCGUAACGGAGAUAUCCGUUUUGCCGCCAGAGUUUAUUCGACCUUUUGUGGAUAUUCAAGAUAUUUUUUUUUAACUUCGUGAAAAUGCUGGACAAACGUAUGGUCGACUUGCGCUUGGACGAGACGGACGACGUGAGGGGGAAGACCGUUCCAGCGAAAGAGCCCUUUGAUAAGCAGUACAAAUGUGGAGCGCUGUUGGGAAGCGGCGGUUUCGGCUCAGUAUUCGCCGGCCAGAGGAUCUCAGAUGGCUUACAGGUUGCCAUCAAACAAGUAUCCCACGACAGAGUACAACAGUGGGCACGACUGCCUGAUGAACCAAGCCUGGUUCCCAUGGAGAUCGCACUCCUGGUGCAGCUGGGAAGCGGGUCGGGAGCCGGGCCCUCUCACCGUGGCAUCAUCCGAAUGCUGGAUUGGUUUGAGGUGCCGGGUCAGGGAUUCCUCAUCGUGUUUGAGAGACCCCAGCCUUGCCAAGACCUCUUUGACUUUAUCACAGAGCGUGGUGCUGUGGAGGAGCCUAUCGCACAAAGGUUUUUGAAACAGGUCAUUGAAGCAAUUCAGUUCUGCCAUUCGAAGGGAGUUGUGCAUCGAGACAUCAAAGAUGAGAACAUUCUGGUGGACACCCGCACUGGAGACAUCAAAAUCAUAGACUUUGGGUCUGGUGCUCUGAUGAAGGACUCCAUCUACACUGAUUUUGAAGGGACCAGAGUUUACAGUCCACCAGAGUGGAUUCUGCAGCAGCGCUAUGAAGCUAUCCCUCUCACUGUGUGGUCUUUGGGGGUCCUGCUGUUUGACAUGGCCUGUGGGGACAUUCCCUUUGAGCAGGACAGAGACAUUGUCCAGGCUAACCCCAGUUUCACUAAGCGCGUCUCUAAAGAAUGCCAGUCUCUGAUUCGCUGGUGCCUUGCUUACCACCCUAAAGACCGUCCCACAUUGGAGCAGAUAUUACUGCAUCCAUGGAUGACAGAGAGUGCAGAGGACAUUGGAGAUUUGCAAGAGGAGAGCAAUAUUGCACCGAGCCUUUAAACUGGACUAAAGAUGGCUGCAAAAACUUCACAUACCCUGUCUGAUUGUACACUGGACAGCUUUUACACUGGUUGCCUGCUUAUCAACACAUCCUAAUUUAUCACUGUUUUGUUUAUUUAUUUUAUUUUUGGAAAUGUUCUGGGACACAUGUUUUGCUUCAUGCAGACAUUCCUGUGUCCUACGCCCGAAAUUCAGCCCUGGUCUGCUGCAGAUCCAACCCCUUGUGUGCAGUCUAAAUCUACACCUACACGACUGCAUACAUGACUGGAGUUGAAGCUGUUUUGUCUGUUUUAUUUAUUACUGGUUAUUUAUUGACACAGAUGCAUACUAGGUAUUUAUAUUCUGGACUUGAGGGUUAAUAAUAUUUCUGGAAGAUCUGCUUUUGUAUUUGCUCUAACAGACUUAUGGGUGUCGUGUCAUUGGCGGAAAGUCUCUUAAUGCCUGGUUUUACAGGUUCUUUGUAUAAUUUUUAUUCCCUCGUUCUAAGAGGUACAUGAAAAAGACUUUGGAUCCAGUUUCCAGCAGCCUCCUCCUUUGGAAUUUGGACAUAAUUCCUGGCAACACUGUUGGUGGGAGUAUUGUAUCAGGACUGUUUGCAGCACAAAAGAAGACAAAAUGCAUUCUUUUAAAUUCAGUUUGGUUUAAAUGACACUGUUCACUAGAUGGCCCUCUGGGAGAUACUAACAAGGUGCCUUUCGGUUUCUGUCUCUUGUUUUAUUAAGUCUCGAGAAAGUGAGCGAUCACAUUUGUUAAUGCAGCUGUUCACCUGCUGUAGUUUUUGGUCAAAAUGAGUGUUGAAAUUUAGUUUUUGGUUCACUAUCUGUGUUUUACCAAGAGGCCUCUAAAUUUAGUUGUUGCUGUUUAGUUACCAGAGAAAUCUCUUGAAUCUGUUUGUUUUUAAAAUUGCAAUAAUUUUCAACCCACAGGACCAAAUUUGUGUGGACCUGGGCUGUUUCUAAUCAGACUUUUUUAUUUUAAGUUUUAUGAACAACAGUCGUGUUAUGGAGAAAUACUUGUUGUUUUGCUUGUGUUCGCACAGCAAGUUUGCUGUAAAUACUUGUGUAUUGUUUCUUAUAAUGUGGCAGCAGUCACAUGACCGUAUUUUAAAGAAAAUCCAAAUCUAAA